ACUACACUUCCCGUCAUGCUUUGGGUCCGCGUUUCCGCAGCUGCGCAGUUCAGACGGGAAGACACGUUGAGACGGGGAAGCAUGGAGGACCGGAGUCCGGAGCAAAAUACCGGUGAAAGACCGGAGGAGUCUGGCAGCGACGAUGAUGAAGAAGAACAGGUUAAUACUGGAGAAAGUGAGGCGGCAGUGAAGACCUUCAAGGACCUGGGUGUUACUGAGGUGCUAUGUGAAUCUUGUGAUCAGCUGGGAUGGAAGAGUCCAACCAAGAUCCAGGUGGAAGCUAUUCCAGUAGCACUUCAAGGCAGAGACGUCAUCGGCUUGGCAGAGACGGGUUCAGGUAAGACCGGCGCGUUCGCUCUGCCGAUCCUCCAGUCGCUGCUGGCUUCACCUCAGCGGCUCCACACCUUGGUCCUCACCCCCACCAGAGAGCUGGCCUUCCAGAUCUCCGAGCAGUUUGAGGCCCUGGGCUCCAGCAUCGGGGUCAAAUGUGCUGUGAUUGUUGGAGGAAUCGACAUGAUGUCCCAGUCGUUGGUGUUGGCAAAAAAGCCACAUAUUGUUAUUGCCACUCCUGGUCGGUUGAUUGACCACAUGGAGAACACAAAGGGCUUCUCCCUGCGAGCUCUAAAGUUCCUGGUGAUGGACGAAGCAGACCGGAUUCUCAAUAUGGACUUUGAGACUGAGGUGGACAAGAUCCUGAAAGUCAUUCCCAGAGACAGACGCACCUUCUUGUUCUCAGCCACCAUGACCAAAAAGGUCCAGAAGCUCCAAAGAGCAGCUCUGAAGGAUCCUGUAAAGUGCGCCGUAUCCACAAAGUACUCCACAGUAGACAAGCUGCAGCAGUACUACGUCUUUAUUCCAUCCAAGUAUAAGGACUGUUACCUCGUGUCCAUCCUGAACGAGCUGGCCGGGAACUCCUUCAUGAUUUUCUGCAGCACGUGUAACAACGCCCAGCGGGUGGCGCUCAUGUUGAGGAACCUGGGCAUCACCGCCAUCCCUCUUCAUGGACAGAUGAGUCAGAAUAAACGUCUCGGCGCGCUCAACAAGUUCAAGUCCAAGUCGCGCUCCGUUCUCCUGGCGACGGAUGUGGCGUCCAGAGGCCUGGACAUCCCGCACGUCGACUGUGUCAUCAACUACGACAUCCCUACGCAUUCAAAGGACUACAUCCACAGAGUGGGGCGAACAGCCAGAGCGGGCCGGUCUGGAAAAUCCAUCACUUUUGUCACACAGUAUGAUGUGGAGCUUUUCCAGCGGAUCGAAAGUCUGAUUGGGAAGAAACUGCCGGCGUUCCCCACACAAGAGGAGGAAGUGAUGAUGCUGGUGGAGAGAGUGAGCGAGGCUCAGAGGUUUGCCCGGCUGGAAAUGAAGGAACAGGGAGAGAAACGGAGGAGGCCCAAAGGUGGAGAGGGGGACGAGGACGACACGGAGCAGGCGAGCGGAGUGAGGAAGAAAGUCAAAGGAGGGCCGGGUGGAGGGAAGAAGAGGGGCGGAGCAGCCUGGAGAGGAGGACGCUGAAGCAGAAAACCAAACCGUAAAAUGUACAUAACCACAACACAAAAUGCCUCUCCGGUCUCUGAUGUAAACUUUACUAUCAUGACGACUUGUUUUCCACACAUCGCUUUGCGAGCCGACAACUAUUUAAUGACACAAUAAGUGCUCUUUUUUUUUUCCAUUUGUAAUAAAACUUUGCUGUAAAAUCUCAA